AUGAGUGUUUCGUCUGAAAAACAAGGUUUGAAUCAAGAAUAUUCUUUAUGCAUGCCUAAAGAUUUCGAACGUUCAAGAAAUCUUCUCCAACAAGUUUAUGAAAAACAAGUUGUACUUGAGUAUAUUUUUACUCGAGGUAUUACAGCGUAUGGAGGCAUUCGAGUGAAUAAUCGUGGAUUUCACAAAGAAGUUUCUGUGAAAUAUUCAAUCGAUCAAUGGAAGACUGCUUCUUUUAAACUAACUAUAACAAACGAUGAAUUAUUAUUAAUGUUGUCAACAAAAGAUUCCACAUCAUCGAUCUUACCUAUGAGCAUUUCAUUUGCUAUUUGUUAUGUCGUUCAUGAACACAACUUUUGGGAUAAUAAUUAUUCUCUGGAUUACAUACUUGAAAUAGAAGAAAAUACAGAAAAACGAAGUAAAUCCAUUCUACUGGACGAUGCAUUUCGAGUGCAAAUUGCAAAAGACUAUCGAGCAAUAUCUCAUGGAUCUGACCAAGCAGGAAUCGUAUGUGGAUUAAAAAACCUUGGUGGAACAUGUUUUAUGAAUUCUGUUUUGCAAUCCUUAUUAUUUACUUCACCAUUAACAAGUUACUUCUUAUUAAAUGAAGAUAUGAAAAAUAUUUCAGUUUCAAAUGAAAUCAUAGUUAAUGAAUAUUUGAAUUUAAUAUAUUUAUUAUUUUGUAAGAAAUAUGCUGUUAUUAUACCGGUGCCGUUCAAACAAAUCAUUGGUCAUAUGCAAGAUAUUUAUUUCGAAAAUCAGCAGCAGGAUGCACAUGAAUUUCUGUUAUUUUUACUUGAUUAUUUACAUGAAGAUUUAAUUAGAAUAAAAUCGACUUCCAUCAUUGUCGACUUAUUUCACGGUACUUAUAAAUCAACGACAACAUGCAUAGAUUGUGAGCAUUUUUCGAUUAACUUUGAAACAUUUGUGUGUCUUACUCUUCCGAUACCAUUGACAAGUCGAUGUACAUUGGAAGAUUGUCUUCAGCAUCUCUAUGAAGAUGAAUAUUUAGCUGACGAUUCAAGAUGGUUUUGCUCCGAAUGUCAACGUCUUUGUAAUGGAAAAAAACGAUUAGAAAUUUAUAAACUACCGAAAAUAUUAAUCAUUCAACUUAAACGAUUUCAAUUAAAUCAUGAGUUCAAUUGGAUUAAAAAUGAUACACUUGUCCUCUAUCCUGCAGAUAAUCUUAGUUUACAGCAAAGCUGUCCUUCGUCGUCUUCUCAACAAGCACUUUAUACACUUUAUUCCGUGAUUAGCCAUCAGGGUUCAUUAAAUGAUGGACAUUAUACAACAUUUUGUCGAGAUAAUGAACAGCUGCAAUGGUUCGAAUGUGAUGAUGAAAAAAUAAAAUAUUUCAAUUCAGAUAAAUUAGAUUCAAAUUCAAAUGCAUAUCUUUUAUUUUAUAUAAUGAAAAAUGCGACAUAG